UCGCUCCUUCGUUUCCGAUGCAGCGUUUAAAAACGUGACGGCCACCCAGACGGACGCAGCGCCACAGGGACACGCCGACGAAGGGACGCACUCGGGAUCUCCGUCACGGGACAAACCUGCCGGACUUUGAAUUCACCUUCAGCGAGAAAUACUGAAGGACGCUGCCAACAUGAAGACUCUGCUGCUUCUCUUCAGCCUUUUUGGAGUGAUGGGUGCCGUCCCGAUUCUGCUGAGAGUCUUGAAGGAGACGAGAUAUGACAAGAGUCCGAUUCACACCGUUUUCUCUGUGGAUGAAGGCACCAGUGGAAACGGAGAAGCUCAAGUUGGGACGAUAAAUGAGAAGCUGCUGCAGGAGAAGAAGGAGAUGGCGGCGGUGGCAGCACCCGAAAACGGAGACACAACAAACGGCGACAUCGAUGAAGACGCGACCCCAGCGCCUACAUAUGAGGGGGACACGAUGAAAUCUUACUACGGCAAACCGGGGGAGAAGGACAUUAAGGACGAGCAGAUGUUGUCCAGCAAGAACAAGGACGAUGAGAUCGACUUUAAGGCGGAUGAAAUUUUACGUUAUGACGGCGACGCCAAAAGCAAAAAGUCCCAGUUUCACGGUUUGAUUAGAGCAUCGGACGUCUUCGAGUUUGACGACGAAGGCAUGCAAGGCGACGCGCCCAAGGGAGGGGACAGCAGUAGCUCCGAUGAGUCUGGUAAGGCGUGCAAAGGCAGCGACUCGAGUGACUCCAGCGACACGUGCAGCUCCAGUGACUCGAGUGACUCGGGUGGCGCUUGCAAAUCCAGUGACUCCAGCGACUCCAGUACUACGUGCGGCUCCAGCGAUUCCUCCGACUCCAGCGACUCUGGGACCGCGUGCGACUCCAGCGACUCAUCGGACUCCUCCGACUACACGUGCGACUCCAGUGACUCCAGCGACUCCAGUGACGCGUGCGGCACAAGCGACUCCAGCGAUUCUUCCGAUUCCGGUGGCCAGUGUGACUCCAGCGACUCCAGCGACUCUUCUCACUCUACUAACGCCUGCGGUUCCAGCGACUCGAGCGAUUCUUCUGACUCCGGUGUCUCGUGCAGUCCCAAUGGCUCCAGUGACUCCAGUGACUCCAGUGAUUCCAGUGACGCGUGCGGCACGAGCGACUCGAGCGACUCAAGCGAUUCCUGCAGCCCAGGCGACUCAUCCGACUCCAGCGACUCCAGUGACGCGUGCGGCUCAAGCGACUCCAGUGACUCCAGUGACAGUUGUAACACCAGUGACACAAGCAGCUCUGCCAAUUCAGGCAAACGGGCAAAGAGAAACAGGAGCAGCGAGGAGAAGAGAUAAACGGCAAAGAGAAGCUGCAAAUGUCCGGCACGUCUGUAGAUUAUUGUAAAGUAAAGCCACGUAUUUAUUACCGCAGCGUUGGCCAAACAGCCAUCGCGCUCUAAGAGUAUUUAGUGUGAAGUGCCUUGUCGGUCUGUCCUGUAAAGACCUUCUCCUUUUUUAUUAUGUAAAUUAUUUGAAAAACGCUUUCAAUAAAUCACUUUUAGAUAUGAA